AGACAACUUAAGAGUAGGUUAAAGGUGUUCUUGUUACCGUUCGUUUUGCCUUCCUGAAGGGGGAAAGGCAUAACGAACGGGGUAAACGAACACCAAAAGCCUACCUCUAAACAAAAGGUCCGCUAGUAAAGACGGAGCAGAUUAUCCCACCGAAGCCAAAGCUACGCAAGCGGUGGAGGUAUUGCCUUCAUCUACUUCAGGUACAACUACUUCACCUCCUGCUACAACUUAUGCUCCUUACAAGGAAGGCCAUGAAGAUGUAGUGAGC